AUGCUUGCGGCGCUCGGGGCGCUGCUGUGCGUCUGCUGCAGCAUCGAGGAGGGCUCAGCUUAUACGUUCAGGACUUUCAUGGGCGCGGAAAUUGCCGCAACUGCGAUCUCGAGCAGCGCGGUCGUGCAGCGUCCGUGCGAGUGUCGCGCGCUGUGCCGGGACGCAUGCGUCGCGGUGGCCAUCAGGCGUCAGCCACCACGCCACUUCCACUGCUCCUUCACUGACGAAACCGUCGCUGACGCCACCACCAAUCUUACGGUUCCUGCUCCCGAUAGCAAGGUUUUCUACAAACGCCUGGUAUGCCUGCCUGGCUUCACGCUUGUGGACAACGUGGGCUGCAUUUACGUCUCCACCGCCGCACUGAACUUCACCGCCGCCGCCGCGUCCUGUCCCUCCGACUCCCAACUCUUCACCGCCAACUUCCUCAUCGACUUCAACGCCAUGCGGAACUACCUUAAGAAAACAUUUGUUGUCCCACCGAAUAAAUUUUGGAUUGGCUUGACUCGACUUGGGAACAGCACAACUUGGAAAUGGUUCGGAGGCGGAACCAUCGAAGCCACUCACCCAUCGCCCUACUGGAACCCGAGAGAUCCAAAUGAAAAUACCGACUGCGCCAUGCUAUAUUUCCGUCCCUCUACUGGAUUCUUCUACGAUGUGGCCGAUACGUCGUGUGCAGGUCAAAUGCAGUUUUUGUGUAAGCAAAACUGAGGACAGUAGCUUGAUUGAGUGAAGCAGCCAUUUCUGCCGUUUGUGAAUCUCUAAUAGGGUACAUAUAUUUUGUCGCGACUUGAAUUUACAAACAGAGCGGGUUUCGAAGACAGGCAAGAAAGUUUGAAUUGGAGCGUGUCGGUACAUGUCUUUCUGGUUUUGUCAGUCCUUGCGAAAAAUAUAUUAAUAUGUUAAUGCUGUUACUGCAACCAAUCUCCAACGCGGGAAAUGAAAUUGAUGACUUAUUGUGACAUUAAUCAGAUAACUCUUUGUAUUUUAAUAGUUAAUCAGCAUUUUACUAAAUAAAUAGAAUUUAUUUGCAAAUUAUAGGAUGCCAUUUCGGGAGUGUUUGAAGAUUUAUGUCUCGGCAAAGGUCGGAAUUCAACAUUUGUAUUUAUAACUCAUUGCCAAAAUGUAUCUGGCACAACACCAACUACUUGAAACGGACCGUGGUGGCUCAAGAAAAAGCAAAGCAAAAUACUUGCUUCGUGAGGUUUUUUUCUUCCCAAUUCUAGUAAUUAUCAGGCACUUUUUGCUUAUUUUGCAGUGAAUAUCUCCGAUACAUGAGUAGAUAAUUAAUAAAUUCUGGAAAUUUCAGAAUAUUGAAUUUUGAAAAUCGACCUUAUAUUUAUGAUGUCUCAUUAUAACAUCAGUCGAAGUUUUCUUAUACAGAGCGAUAUCAUGAAGAAUUUAGUUUCAUCUCGCUACUAUCUUACCGUUAUCUCCCAAUUACUCCCGUGUUUAUAAUUUAGUUGGAGCAUAUAGAUUUGUUUUUGUGUGUUUUAUGAUUGCGAUAACCCAUUUCACAGGUAUCAAAGUAAUUCGGUUUAGGAAUAAUUUGUCCUAUGAUUGGAAAUGAUCCUUGGGUGAGCAAAAAGUGCAUAACAUAUAGGCCGUUGCUUAUGACGAGCUCAUUGGCAAUUUUAUGGAGUAUAAACUUAAUCCAACAUCAUUUAGUCGGAUUUUAUUGAUUAAUUAAAUCAACAUUUCGCUGUAAAUUCAAAUUAUUUUCGUCUGUCUUAUGCUUAUUCAUGUUAUAUGUAUCGCAAGGAAUUCCUUAUUUUGAUAAUAAGCUAUAAUAUUGAUAGUUAUUAUAAUCAAGGAAUCACAAUUAAAAUGUUUAUACAAUUCAGUGUAGUAGGAUCUUGACAAUUUCCGUAGAAAAACGAGCGUUCGGCAUCAUACGAAAAAUAUCGUAUUAAAAUUAUACACGCUCUAAAUAUAAAGACGUUAAUGUUGCUUAGCAUUAUUACGUUAUAUAUACGUAAUAUCUAUAUACGUUAGUGUUGCAUAGCAGUAUUUUUAUUUAGAUUAGCACUAAGUAUUGUUCGUCUUAAAAUAUUAAUUCUAUAUGCACAAUUUUGACAGGAGUCCGUUUCCAGACAUUUUGAUAAUCACAUGUUUCAAUUAAUCGCACCUUUCUAUGAGUGAGGAAUUGCCUCACAACACAAAUGCAAAGCCGGAUUUUCUCAAGUAUUUCACAGUGCGAUCAGGCGAAGUAUACACGAAAUAUUUAUCAACUGCUUGGAACACUUGAGACUUGCCCGAUGCAUUGGAAUGAACAGACCAAUUAUGUGUGCAGACAUGACAUGUCGAUCAGUGUGCAGACAUGACAUAUGUCGAUCAGUGUGCAGACAUGACAUGUCGAUCAGUGUGCAGACAUGACAUGUCGAUCAGCGUGCAGACAUGACAUGUCGAUCAGUGUGCAGACAUGACAUAUGUCGAUCGUUGAGGUGACCUUGCACGUCGAUUACCGCACAGGCAAGUACCAAAGUUUCAGUCAUGGUUCGUGUCUUGAAUACUUUGCCAGCGAACCCAUUUAUAAUGUAAACUAAUAUAUCAUUAUACCUCCCAAUAUUAUUAUAAAUACUGCAGACAUAGCUUUACCAUGUUAUUUGUUGGGAGAAUAGCAAAGAUAAAUUUC